UUUUCCCUUUUCUUUGCAGCUGUAAAGAUGUCUGCCAAGAGGCAGAUCACUGCCAGAGUGGCAUUGAUUGAGCAACUCGUGUCUGACAGGAAUUUUGAGGGUCUUGGCAACCACCUGACUGAACUAGAAACUAUUCAUGUGACUAAGGAGCAUCUCCAAGAGACAGAUGUGGCCAGAGCUGUGUAUAGAGUCCUCAAACACUGCCCCACGGCGACUUUGAAGAAGAAAGCCAAGAGUCUGUUAUCCAAGUGGAAAGCUCUCUAUAAAACUCUUCCUCACUGCCAACCAACGGGCAACCCUCAGUUACUCCCCACCAGGGAGAGGAAGGAAGAGAAGGCAGAAGGUUCUCAAGCCUCAGGUAAAGAUGAGAUGUUGGACAUCUCUUGCCUCUCAUUCCAAGAUGUUGCAAAAGCCAUUGAAAUGAUUGUGCCAGCAAGUAGUGCUGUUUACAUGGUACCUAAGGAGGGACACUGCAGUGGUUGUGACCCUGUACCUACUGGCAAGGAAUCCAGUAUGCCUCUGGGUCCCACAAUGCCUGUGAGAACCAAAUGCGUAGAACUGCUUUACAAAGCUUUAACUAGCUCUCCCACAGAUCCUCCGAAAGCUGACUUAUGGCAGAAAUUCGCAGAAGAGAUCGAAGAGCACAUUUUUGCCCUUUAUUCAAGAAACCUCAAAAAAUACAAAACUUGUAUCCGAAGUAAAGUGUCCAAUUUAAAGAACCCCAGAAAUUCUCACUUGCAACGCAACUUGCUCACUGGAACUAUGUCACCAAGAGAAUUCGCUGCAAUGACCGUCCUGGAAAUGGCCAGCCAGGAGUUGAAGGAACUAAGAGCUGCCUAUACGGAGUCUUCCAUACAGGAACAUCUCCUCCCCCAAGGACUUGAUGGCACACAGACAGAUAAAAUUCAGUGCAGACGCUGUGAGAAGUACAACUGCAAGGUCACUGUUAUUGCUCGCGGAACCCUUUUCCUUCCAAGUUGGGUGCGGAAGUCCAGCCCCGAUGAACAGAUGAUGACCUAUGUCAUUUGUAAUGAAUGCGGGGAGCAGUGGUACCACAGCAAGUGGGUGUGUUUGUAA